UGACAGAAUUUGUUAGACGUGUCAACAGUGGAUAGGGGAGUGUGGUAAAAGUGGAGAAAGAGCAAAAAUUGUAUCAUCCAUUUUGCAAAGUAGCCGAAAAUUUACCGAAAUUACAUUAAAUCGGCUUUAAUUCGGGCAAGGAAGCCAAGAAUAUAACGAACUUCAGUCUCGGUAGCAAAUUUAAAGCGAGAAAUCUAACUUUUAGUGCGCGAUAUGCUGACAAACUUCGAAACGAAAUCGGCCAGGGUGAAGGGCCUGUCGUUCCACCCAAAAAGACCAUGGAUACUUGCAAGCUUGCACAGCGGAGUAAUCCAGCUUUGGGACUAUCGCAUCAGUACACUGAUCGAGAAGUUUGACGAACAUGACGGACCGGUCCGUGGAAUCUCUUUCCACAGCCAGCAACCAUUGUUCGUUUCCGGAGGAGACGAUUUUAAAAUCAAAGUUUGGAACUACAAACAACGUCGGUGUAUUUUCACCCUUCUCGGACAUUUGGAUUAUGUCCGUACAACAGUAUUUCACCAUGAGUAUCCGUGGAUUUUGAGCGCCUCUGACGAUCAGACGAUCCGGAUUUGGAACUGGCAAUCGCGGUCCUGCAUAUGUGUGCUCACUGGACACAAUCACUAUGUGAUGUGUGCCCAAUUCCACCCUACGGACGAUAUCAUAGUGUCGGCUUCGUUGGAUCAAACCGUACGCAUCUGGGAUAUCUCCGGUUUGCGUAAAAAGAACGUUGCCCCAGGACCGUCCGGAUUGGAUGAUCAUAUGAAGAAUCCGACCGCGACGGAUCUGUUUGGUCAGGCGGAUGCCGUGGUCAAACAUGUGCUGGAAGGGCAUGAUCGCGGUGUAAACUGGGCCAGUUUUCAUCCGACUCUGCCGUUGAUUGUUUCCGGUGCUGACGAUCGGCAGAUUAAGCUGUGGCGCAUGAACGAGUACAAGGCCUGGGAGGUGGAUACCUGCCGGGGCCAUUACAACAACGUUUCAUGCGUGUUGUUUCACCCGAGGGCCGAAUUGAUCGUGUCCAACAGUGAAGAUAAGAGCAUCCGCGUUUGGGACAUGACCAAGCGGCAAUGCAUCCACACAUUCCGUAGGGAGCAUGAGCGCUUCUGGAUUAUGGCGGCGCAUCCUAAUUUGAACCUGUUUGCCGCCGGGCACGAUUCAGGAAUGAUUGUGUUCAAGUUGGAACGAGAGCGACCAGCUUAUGCUGUUUACGGCAACUGUCUGUACUACGUCAAGGAGCGAUUCUUGCGAGAGUUGGAUUUCAACACAACUACCGAUUCCGUCGUUAUGACCAUUCGUGGUGGUGGCAAAACACCCGUCUACAGCAUGUCCUACAAUCCGGCUCUGAAUGCGGUACUCCUUUGUACCAGAACAUCCAAUUUGGAGAACAGCACCUACGAUCUGUACGGAAUCCCACAGAAGGAUAGCGGUUCACAGAAUACCGAAACCGAUUCGAAGCGUUCCUCCGGCAUCACUGCCGUUUGGGUCGCUCGUAAUCGGUUUGCCGUGUUGGAUCGAUCGAACCAACUUGUCAUCAAAAACUUCAAGAAUGAAGUUACCAAAAAGAUCCAGACACCGGUAUGUGACGAGAUUUUCUAUGCCGGUACGGGAAUGUUGCUGUUGCGAGAACCCGAACACGUUACACUUUUCGAUGUUCAACAGCUGCGCACUUUGGCUCAGGUCAAAAUCACCAAGUGCAAGUAUGUGGUGUGGUCCGCCGAUAUGAGUCACGUAGCCCUUUUGGCUAAACAUACUCUCAAUAUCUGCAACCGCCGGUUAGAUUUGUUGUGCUCGAUCCAUGAAAGUGCACGUAUCAAGAGUGGCGCCUGGGAUGAUUCGGGGGUGUUCAUCUACACGACAUCUAACCACAUCAAGUACGCGAUAAUCAAUGGAGAUCAUGGCAUUAUCCGUACUCUGGAUUUACCUAUUUAUAUUACCCGGGUUAAGAACAGCCAGGUGUUCUGUUUGGAUCGGGAAUGUCGCACCAGAGUUUUGAACAUCGAUACUACCGAGUACAAGUUCAAAUUGGCUCUCAUCAAUCGGAAAUAUGAGGAAGUUUUGCACAUGGUUCGCAAUGCUCGUUUGGUGGGACAAAGCAUCAUCGCCUAUUUGCAGCAGAAGGGAUACCCGGAGGUGGCCCUGCACUUUGUCAAGGAUGAGAAAACUCGCUUCGGACUAGCGUUGGAAUGUGGAAACAUCGAAGUCGCACUGGAGGCCGCCAAAGCUCUCGAUGACAAACAAUGUUGGGAAAGGUUGGCUCAGAUCGCCCUUAUGCAAGGAAACCAUCAAGUAGUUGAAAUGUGCUAUCAGCGCACCAAAAACUUCGAUAAACUGUCUUUCUUGUAUUUGAUAACCGGAAAUUUGGAAAAACUUAAGAAAAUGAACAAGAUUGCAGAAAUCAGAAAAGACGUUUCGGCUCAGUACCAGGGAGCUUUGCUGUUGGGUGAUGUUAAAGAAAGAGUUUCGAUCCUUAAAAAUUGCAAUCAAACUUCGUUGGCAUAUUUGACUGCAAAAACUCACGGUUUGGAAGAAGACGCUGAUCAGCUUGCCGAAACCAUCACCUCUAGUGGUAAGGAUUUGCCAGAAGCAAAUCCAAACGCUACCUUCUUGCGUCCUCCGGUUCCAAUACAGCAAGCCGAAAGUAACUGGCCACUGUUGACCGUUUCCAAGGGUUUCUUCGAAGGAACAAUGAUGUCUCGUGGGGCUGCUACCGUUCAUCAGGCGCUGGCCGCAACUGAAACUGUGACCGAAGCUGCCGAAGAAGAUGGUUGGGGCGAUGACGAUGAUUUGAGAGACGAAGAUAAGUUUGAGGAUGCUAAGGAAGGUGACGAUGUUCGGGCUGAGGGUGGUGAAGGCGCCGGUUGGGAUGUUGGCGAUGAUGAUCUGGAACUACCGGAGGAGCUUAUGUCCAAAAUAUCUGCCAAUACCGGUACGGAUAAGGGCUUCUAUGCGGUACCCCCGAAAGGAUUGCCACCUUCACAUUUCUGGACCAUCAACUCCCAACUUGCUGCGGAUCACGUACGAGCUGGUUCGUUCGAAUCUGCUGUGCGAUUGCUACACGAUCAAAUAGGAGUUGUCAAUUUCGCUCCUUAUAAAGAACUUUUCCUGGAAGCCCAUCUUGGAUCCAAAACAUCGUACACGUGUUUACCUAACAUUGGACCGUUAGCGGCUCAUCCGCACCGUAAUUGGAAAGAAAUGAACAUUAAAAAUGGUCAUCCAACGCUAGCAUUCAAACUGAAUGAUCUAGUUCAAAAUCUGCAAUCCUGCUACCAACUUACAACAACUGGCAAAUUUACCGAGGCCAUCGAUAAGCUACAGAAUAUUAUGCUGUGCAUCCCUCUUCUGGUAGUAGAAUCUCGCCAAGAAAUCGCAGAAGCCCAACAGUUGCUCACAAUUUGCCGCGAAUACGUGGUAGGUUUGCAAAUGGAAAGCGUCCGCAAGGGUCUGCCAAAAAAUACACUCGAUGAACAGAAGCGGAUUUGCGAACUGGCAGCGUAUUUCACACACGUCAAUCUCCAGCCGGUUCAUCAAAUCUUGACUCUCCGAACAGCGCUCAACCUUUUCUUCAAGUUAAAAAACUACAAGACGGCUGCUUCCUUCGCCAGACGGCUGUUAGAACUUGGCCCCCGGCCAGAGGUUGCCCAACAAGCCCGCAAAAUCUUGCAAGCCUGCGAAAUGAACGAAGCUGACGAACAGACGUUGCAAUACGAUGAACAUAAUCCAUUUACGUUGUGCGCUGUCACCUAUAGACCCAUUUACCGAGGUAAACCCGAAGAAAAGUGCUCAUUCUGUUCAGCAUCUUACCAGCCUGCGUACAAGGGAGUUACCUGUGUUGUUUGUAGAGUGGCCGAAAUUGGAAAAGAUGUCAUUGGUUUGAGGAUCAGUGCAUCGCAAUUCAAGUAAACGGCUUUCUUUUUUCGUCUAAGUGAUAAAAUCAAGUUUGAACUGGGGGCAUUUUUACGAUACAGAAAUAUUAUAAAAUUAAUAUAUUAUUGAUUUACGAUAACCUCUAUACAGGACACACACUUAUUCCAAUUCGUAUUCAACUGUGAAGCGCAGCGUAAAAUGAAGUGAAAAUAUAAAAAAAAAAAAAGAUUAUGAAUAAACUUUCCUGGUAGUUAUUCACGUUGCUCGAGUAA